UAGAAUCUGUGGUAGAAUGUAAAGGGUCCAUUCACACAUUGAUUGUUUUCCAUUUUGUGUGCUUUAAAAAAAAAAAAAACAUUGGUCUGUGUACAUAGAAGGCAGAUGGAUGAUGUCUUUGGCCUUUUUGUCACAUCUUGCUCCUUAAGCAAUGCAUUUUUUAAGUGCAAUGUCAGUAGUACAUUUUGAAUCACAGCGCAGCCUAGCAAUAUUGGUUUUGACAUAAUGGACCAAUCUGAUAUAUCUAGGGGCAGAACAAACAUUGAGAGUUUAUUAAAUGGUGGCUCAUGCUUUUUAAAAGUGGAGAAGCACAAACUAUAUAUUCCAGGUUCAAUACAAGUUAAGCUCAAUCGACAGCAUUUGUGGCAUAAAGAAAGAAAGAAGGAAAAUAUUUGGGUUACAGUGAAUAGCCAAUCUGUAAACAUAAAAUGUUUUGUUCUAAAAGUAUUGCCACAGGACAUCAGCAAUAUGCAUGUUAACAUGAUUUUAAUGUGGCAAACACUUCCUAAUCAUAUUUGUGUAGAUCUAUAUCCAGUUUAAAAAAUGUGUUGCCAUGACAACGUAAACCCGAAAACAACUGUAAAAAAACAAUGAUUUAAACAACUUUACAACUCAAAUAAUACACAAGUUUUAACAUAAGAAUUAAUGUACAGUAAGUGCUUUUAUAAAAUUAAAAGCUUCACGUUUCUGCCUUUUUAAACCCUCCAAAAAUUGGCCCCAUUCACUACCAUUGUAAAUGCCUCACCGUAACCUUGAUUUUUGCUUUUUUAAAGAAAAGGAGGGAUGAGCCAAAAUAUUUUUUUUUGUGUCAAUUGAGUGUAACUUGUAUUGAGUUCGGAAUAUUUCUUUAAAACAAUCGCCAUUGAUAUGCAUAAAGAAUGUUGUACGAGAGUGAACGCACCUAUAAACCUGCCUUCUGCUCAGUUCUGUUGCACUCCGUCUACCUGUUUGUGCAAGAACAGUUCAGUGGAUGCCUACAUCAGAGUGCAUUGCAGUUAAAGUCUUCCAGUAGUGACAGCAGUGGCAUCAGCAGUCCAGAGCAGAUGGCAGGAGCCAGCUCCAUCAUCCAGGGCACUGACCAAAGAAGACUCCAUGUUUCCCAGGGUUCCUGCAGCCCUCUUGCCCCCAUCCAAUCAGCAGAAGAUCCAGCCAUCUCCUUGCGCCAAAACAAUGUCUCGUACGAUAACAUCAACCGCGUCUUGAGAGAGGCCCACUUCAAUAGCCUGCAAAGUCGUGGUCAACAAGGGCCAACGUGAUUGGCGAUGACUCUUCCAACACCCAUUGUUGGAGCAGUGUAAAGGGGACCUUUGAGACGUACAUUAUGGGCCACUUUAAGGCCUGGCACAAAUAGAGACCCUCUAAAUACAUGUGUUUUUUCUACAAGCACUUUUUCAUGUUCCUAGUGUUCAUGUGGGGCUCUACGUCACGUGUGGACCAUGAACUUCACAUAGGUGCUAUGUAAAAGAAAUAUCUUGAAAAACAGCAUAUUCUUUUAAGAUUGUGAG